UAGAAACUACCCUUAUGGUCCCUCUCACAAGAAGUAUUGAAAUAUCAUUAUAUAUAGAUAGCUAUCCUAGUAUGUUCAGAAAGAAGUUCUUUCUUACUCAUCUUAGGAAUAAAGAAAUAACACCACUUCCCAUUUUCUAGCUAUGCUACCAAAAUCCACCAUGUCUAGCAGCCAUGAUAUGAAAUAUGAUGGAAGCUCAUUUCUCAUUGAUAUCACCAGUGCCAUUACCAAAGUCACUGGUAAUUACAGCAUUAGCAAUGCCAAAAGAAGGUGGCGUUUUGCUUAUGUAGCAAUUUAUUCUAGAAGGGUAAUGCUUUCCCUGGCCAAAGAGAUCAUAUCCAAAAGAAACUCCCAUUAUGUGAGCAAGGGAACCAAUCAUUGUUCUCUUGUUCCUCAUGAUGUCGAUAAAGCCAGGCUUUCUAACAUGGUCAAGGACAAAAAUUUGGAAGCAUAUAGUGAAUUUGGAGGGGUUGAAGGUGUUGCAGAUGUUCUUGGAACAAUACCAGCAAAGGGAAUCCUUGGCAGUGAUGAUGACACUGCCGCGAGGCGCGAGUUGUUUGGUACAAAUACUUACGUGAGGCCACCGCCGAAAAUCUUCCUACACUUUGUGCUGGAAGCUUUGAAUGACACCACUAUUCUCAUCCUUCUUGGUUGUGCUGGCCUUUCCCUUGGUUUUGGCAUCAAAGAGCAUGGACCUGGGGAAGGCUGGUAUGAAGGUGGGAGCAUAUUUUUGGCAGUGUUUCUGGUGGUGGUGGUCAGUGCACUCAGCAAUUUCAGACAAGAUAGACAAUUUGACAAAUUGUCCAAGAUCAGCAAUGACAUUAAAGUUGAAGUUGUGAGAAAUGGAAGGCCACAACAGAUAUCCAUCUUUGAUGUCCUUGUGGGAGAUGUUAUUUAUUUGAAAAUUGGAGAUCAAAUUCCAGCUGAUGGAUUGUUCUUGGGUGGCCAUUCUUUGCAGGUGGAUGAAUCAAGCAUGACAGGGGAGAGUGACCAUGUAGAAAUUGAGCCAUUGAAAGCCCCUUUCUUGUUAUCUGGUGCCAAGGUGGUGGAUGGCUAUGCUCAAAUGCUUGUGACAGCUGUGGGAGCCAACACAGCAUGGGGUCAAAUGAUGAGCUCAAUAUCCGGCGACAACAGCGAGAGAACACCAUUACAAGCUCGCCUCGACAAGCUGACCUCUUCUAUUGGUAAAAUUGGCCUAGCAGUAGCAUUUCUUGUUCUUCUCGUGUUGUUAAUUCGCUACUUCACAGGAAACACAGAAGAUGAGAAUGGGAAUAAGGAGUACAAGGGGAGCAAAACCGAUAUAAACGACGUGUGUAACGCGGUUGUGAGCAUUGUUGCAGCUGCAGUCACUAUUGUGGUUGUGGCAAUCCCUGAAGGUCUGCCAUUGGCUGUGACUCUCACACUAGCUUACUCCAUGAAAAGAAUGAUGGCUGAUCAAGCAAUGGUGAGGAAGCUUUCAGCUUGUGAAACCAUGGGGUCAGCAACUGUUAUCUGCACAGAUAAAACUGGCACAUUGACAUUGAAUCAGAUGAGAGUGACAAAAUUCUGGCUAGGACUAGAAAAUGUUGUAGAGAAUUUUUCCAAUGCAAUGGCCCCAACUGUUCUGGAGCUAUUCCACCAGGGGGUAGGCCUCAAUACAACGGGUAGUGUAUACAAGCCUUCAGCAGAAUCUGAACCUGAAAUUUCAGGUAGCCCAACAGAGAAAGCUAUGCUCUUGUGGGCUGUCUCUGAUUUAGGUAUGGACAUGGAUGAACUGAAGCAGAAGCAUAAGGUUCUUCAUGUUGAAACAUUUAACUCAGAGAAGAAGCGAAGUGGCGUCGCGGUAAGGAAAGAGACCAAUAACACUGUUCACGUGCAUUGGAAAGGAGCUGCAGAGAUGGUACUUGCAAUGUGUUCUAAUUACAUUGAUAGUAACGGCACACAGAAGUCGCUUGAUGAAGAAAGGAGUAAAAUUGAGAAGAUAAUUCAAGGAAUGGCAGCUAGUAGCCUAAGGUGCAUUGCUUUUGCUUACAUGGAGAUUUCAGAAGGUGGUGAUUAUAUAGAGAAGGGGAAACCGCGUCAAGUCCUGAGAGAAGAUGGUUUGACAUUGCUUGGGAUUGUUGGCCUCAAGGACCCAUGCAGGCCAAACGUUAAGAAAGCUGUAGAAACUUGCAAGCUUGCAGGAGUUGAUAUUAAGAUGAUCACUGGAGAUAACAUAUUCACUGCAAAGGCAAUUGCAACCGAAUGCGGAAUAUUAGAUCUUAAUGAUGCGGGAGGAGUGGUGGUGGAAGGUGUCGAGUUCCGAAACUAUACCGAGGAGGAAAGAAUGGAGAAAGUUGAUAAGAUCCGUGUGAUGGCGAGAUCAUCCCCUAUGGACAAGCUUUUGAUGGUGCAGUGCUUGAAAAAGAAAGGCCAUGUAGUUGCAGUCACAGGAGAUGGCACAAAUGAUGCACCUGCUCUGAAAGAAGCUGAUAUAGGACUUUCUAUGGGGAUCCAAGGCACUGAGGUUGCAAAGGAAAGUUCCGACAUUGUCAUUUUGGACGACAACUUCAAUUCCGUCGCCACUGUUUUAAGGUGGGGAAGGUGUGUUUACAACAACAUCCAGAAAUUUAUCCAGUUUCAACUAACUGUGAAUGUUGCAGCUCUUGUGAUCAAUUUUAUAGCAGCAGUUUCUUCUGGAGAUGUGCCCUUAACAACAGUUCAACUACUUUGGGUGAAUCUCAUCAUGGAUACUCUAGGUGCUCUUGCACUUGCCACAGAAAGACCUACUAAGGAGUUAAUGCAGAAAAAGCCAAUAGGAAGAACAGAACCUCUUAUUACUAAGAUUAUGUGGAGAAACCUUUUAGCUCAAGCUUUAUAUCAGAUUGCUGUUCUCUUGGUCUUUCAAUUCUAUGGAAAGUCAAUCUUCAAUGUAAGUAAGGAGGUAAAGAAUACUCUAAUUUUUAAUACUUUUGUUCUCUGCCAAGUUUUCAAUGAGUUCAACUCGAGAAGUAUGGAGAAGCUUAACGUAUUUGAAGGCAUUCUCAAAAACCAUCUGUUUCUUGGAAUUGUGGGGAUUACUAUUGUUCUUCAAGUGUUGAUGGUGGAGCUGCUAAGGAAGUUUGCUGAUACAGAGAGAUUAAACUGGGAGCAGUGGGGAAUUUGUAUUGGGAUUGCAGCUGUGUCAUGGCCUAUAGCUUGGUUAACAAAGCUCACACCUGUUCCCAGUAAACUGUUCUUCACCAAUGCUAAGUGGGUAAAAUCUAGUCUUCAAGAUUAAGCAGGCUUUUCAAUUUUACAUCAAGUUGCAAUGAGGUUUUCUGUCCAAGGAAUAGUAAAUUUGAAGCAUCUUGAAGACUUGAAUAUGAUAUAUUUGAGUAUGCCACGUAUGGAAAUUCAAGAUGCUCUAUGUUUGAAACAUAGGGGAUCUUGAAUUUCCAUGUCUGUUGUACCUGAAUAUAAUAUAUUGAAGUUUCCAAUAUGCUUGAAAUUUUAGCAAACACCUCCUAUGUAUAGGCUUGGAACUAUGGAUUUAAAUGUCUCAAAUUGUAAAGCUCUAGAAUGUGAAAGUAUACCAACCAACAACUAGUUGUAUGUGGAAUUAGGGCUGGUGAGAAUUUAGGAUAGAGGGGACAAAAUCAAGUUAUGUUAACUACUCUUUGAUGUACGUACCAAAAGAAGUAUAAUAGCAUGUUUGGUUAUACAAUUAAAUUAUAUAGAAUUACUUCUGUUUAGAA